CUGCCUGUAAUCCAUGGCUUCUGGUUGGAAAAUGUACGUACAGUCACUCUGGGUACGACGUUCUCGAUGUACUUAUUGAUAAAGCCAGUGACUGAUGUGGUGUUCCCCUUAAGAGCCAAUAAGAUAGAGCUCUCCCCUCAGGCGCCAAGAAGGAAUACUCAUACGUUAGACUAAAUAAUGUGUCCACUCAUCCAUUUUUUACUAAAUGUGAAACUGAGUUGAAAUUGAGGAACAACAUAGUCUGUCCAUUUAUCCAUGUUUGACUAAAUGUGAAACUGGGUUGAAAAUGAGGAACAACGCGUAGUUUGUCCACACCACACUUGAACAGUGGUUAACAGUUUUCUCACUAACAACAUGUUAACACUCUGAGAACCGGUUCACAUGGUAGGUUGGUGUUAACAUUAUUAUGAUAUUAUAGAGAGGCUAUAGAUAUGUGGUAAAAUUGAUCAAAAUGCUGCUGUAGUAUUGGAUGCAUCUCAUGUUAUUUCCACAUCUUGGAAAGUGUCUCACACUUUGUAAUAAGUCCUGCAAUGUAACUCUAUUCUCUGUGAUCUGUAUUGUAGUGGCUCUCUGUCAUUCUAUAGUAUAAAUCACCUCUAUUCUCUGUGGUCUGUAGUGUAGUGGCUCUCUGUCAUUCUAUAGUAUAAAUCACCUCUAUUCUCUGUGGUCUGUAGUGUAGUGGCUCUCUGUCAUUCUAUAGUAUAAAUCACCUCUAUUCUCUGUGGUCUGUACUGUAGUGGCUCUCUGUCAUUCUAUAGUAUAAAUCACCUCUUCUCUGUGGUCUGUAGUGGCUCUCUGUCAUUAUAUAGUAUAAAUCACCUCUAUUCUCUGUGGUCUGUACUGUAGUGGCUCUCUGUCAUUCUAUAGUAUAAAUCACCUCUAUUCUCUGUGGUCUGUACUGUAGUGGCUCUCUGUCAUUCUAUAGUAUAAAUCACCUCUAUUCUCUGUGAUCUGUAUUGUAGUGGCUCUCUGUCAUUAUAUAGUAUAAAUCACCUCUAUUCUCUGUGAUCUGUAUUGUAGUGGCUCUCUGUCAUUAUAUAGUAUAAAUCACCUCUAUUCUCUGUGGUCUGUACUGUAGUGGCUCUCUGUCAUUCUAUAGUAUAAAUCACCUCUAUUCUCUGUGGUCUGUAGUGUAGUGGCUCUCUGUCAUUCUAUAGUAUAAAUCACCUCUAUUCUCUGUGGUCUGUACUGUAGUGGCUCUCUGUCAUUCUAUAGUAUAAAUCACCUCUAUUCUCUGUGGUCUGUAUUGUAGUGGCUCUCUGUCAUUCUAUAGUAUAAAUCACCUCUAUUCUCUGUGGUCUGUAGUGUAGUGGCUCUCUGUCAUUCUAUAGUAUAAAUCACCUCUAUUCUCUGUGGUCUGUAGUGUAGUGGCUCUCUGUCAUUCUAUAGUAUAAAUCACCUCUAUUCUCUGUGGUCUGUAGUGUAGUGGCUCUCUGUCAUUCUAUAGUAUAAAUCACGUUGCAGCGAUGGACCUGACUGAGUCCUGGAAGACCAUGGUGAAUGAGACCAGCUCUGUGAAUGACAGCAACUACACUGAUGAAGACUAUGGUGAUAAACAGUUAAUCCUGCUGUGCGAUGAGGUCGGAGGGUUAGAGGAGGUCACGGCUGGUUGCUUCCUGGUCAUCUUCCUCCUCAGUGUCACAGGUAACGGAUUGUUGCUGGUUGCCUUGUGUCGUUAUGAGGACCUAAGGAGGGUCACCAACCUGUUCAUCCUAAACCUGUUGACCUCUGACCUCCUAUUUACCCUGACCCUGCCCUUCUGGGCCGUCUACCAACUCUCCCACUGGAUGUUCGGUGACCUGGCCUGUAAGCUGUUGACGGGGGCAUACUUCACCGGUCUCUACAGCAGUAUGAUGCUGCUCACCUCCAUGACGGUGUACCGCUGUGUAAUAGUCGUCGCGUCCCGCUGGACAGUCGUUCCCCGGAGACGACUGAGGUACGCAUUGGCCGCCUGCACGGCAUCAUGGGUAGUCAGCCUGGCCGCCUCCCUCAGUGAUGUCAUAUCCUCCCAGGUACAGGAAGUGGAAAACGGGACAAGAAUAUUCAUCUGUGAGGUCUCACCUGGAACUACGGAUGAGGAGCUGGGCUACUACCUGCAGGUGUCCCUGCUCUUCGUCCUCCCUCUAAUCAUCAUCAUCCUCUGCUACAGUGCCAUUCUCAGGACGGUCCUGGUAACUGCGACCAGGAGACAACACCGCACAGUGCUGGUGGUCUUCUGUAUCGUGGUAGCUUUCAUCGUCUGCUGGGCACCGUACAACCUAUUCAUAUUCGUCAUGUCUGUCUACACACCUGUAGACUGUGGGGUCAAGGAGCGGCUGCAUGUUGUGUACGUUGUGUGUCGUAUUGUGGCCUACGCCCACUGCUUCCUGAACCCUGCUCUCUACAUGCUGUCUCACUCCUUCAGACGACAUCUCUGGUCGCUGUUGUGCUGUCUGAUGGGGGAGGAGAUUGUAGGGCAGGGGGGAGGAGGGGAGAGGAGUGUGGGACACAGUUCAUCCCACGUCACCCCUAGACCAACCGGACCUGCUGUGGUGCUUCAGAACCCCAGAGAGAAUAACUAUACAGCUACAUGGAUGGAGCUAAGAACGGAGCAGGAAUGAACCUUCUAUUGGCAAAGGGAUUUUUCCUUCCCCUUCUAAUGGUUAGAAAAGGCCAUGUUUAAAGCUUUGGAUCUGAGGAAUGAGGAAGUGAGAUUAGCCAAAACAAAAACAUUUGAAUCCCUGAUUAUGAUUCUGUGAUAUUCUGUGUUCAGUCCAGAGAUGAUUCUGUGAAUAAGUCUAUGCUAUAUUCAUAAAAUAUGAAGACAAUAUAUUUUUUAUGUAGAAUAUGUGAAAUACUAUAUUAUCAAUGGUUGAUGUAAAACUGGAAAUACAUGCUAUGUGUGGUUUGAGGUGGUAUGCUAAGUAAAUAAAAAGCUGUGUGUGCAGAAGUA